AUGGGUAUUGAUAGGACUUUUACGAUUGUUCUUGAUAAUGGAUCUUCUAAUGAUGGAGCUAUGGUUUAUUUGAAAAAGAAAUUUGAAAACUGGGGUCAAAAUAUUUUAGGUAGAAAAUAUGUGCACAUGAGGUGUAUAGCACAUAUAAUCAACCUUGUGGUUCAGGAUGGUUUGAAAGGGAAGGAUGAGCAUGAGGCAAUAUCUCGUAUUAGAGGGCCAGUUAGGUACAUGAGAAACUCUCCGGCUAGGUACAAAAAAUUUCAAGAAUGCGCUGAAUUCAUGGAAACAAAAAAAUUAUUGUCUCUUGAUGUACCUACAAGAUGGAACUCCACCUACUUGAUGUUAGAAGCUGCGAUAUGUCUUAAAAAGGCAUUUGAUGUAUAUGAAGAUAUAGAUCUUGCUUAUAAGACUGAUCUUUCAAACAAAUCAUUUGAUGGGGUUCCUAUUGAAUCCCACUAG